UCCGGUUCGCCACUAAAGAAUAUGGCAACACCUUCAGUGCCCGCAGAUAACAUGAAGAAUUUGCUACAGUUUAUGAAACUCAUAGGACAGCUAAAGCGAACUCCUCGGACGGGCUGGGUUUACAGGAAUGUGCUCAACCCGGAGAGUGUGUCCGACCACAUGUACAGAAUGUCUUUAAUGGCCCUGACUAUCGGAGACUGCAACAUCAACAGAGGCAGAUGUAUGCAGCUGGCCUUGGUCCAUGAUAUGGCAGAAUGUAUUGUUGGUGACAUCGCCCCUGCAGACAAAGUCAGCAAGGAGGAGAAGCACAGAAGAGAGAAGGAAGCAAUGAAACAUUUGACUGGCUUAUUAUCAGAAGACAUGAAGAAAGAAAUAUAUGACUUAUGGGAGGAGUACGAGUAUCAGGCCAGCCCAGAGGCCAAGCUGGUGAAAGAACUUGACCGGUUUGAGAUGAUUCUACAGGCACAUGAGUAUGAGACGCUUGAGAACAAACCUGGUCGACUGCAAGACUUUUUUGAUUCCACUAAUGGCAAAUUUCAGCAUCCUGAGCUCCUCGAGUUAGUAAAAAGUUUAAAUGAAGAAAGAAACAUGCAACUAGCUGCUACAGGGAGCAGUCCUGACCGAGGUGCAUCACUGCCAGGGGACAGAGUUUCACCACCUUAGUUGCAACAUCAACGGUUUAUAAUAAAAUAUAUUUUAAUAAUU